GCCAUUCACUUGGGAUUAGAUUCGCGAUCGUCCACUGCUUCUGUUGGUAUAAAAAGACAUCUCUGCUCUCGUAUCAAUCAGAACUAGAACGAUCUUCGACUCGAUCGCAUACCAGCAUCAAUCCCAAACCUCCAACCAGCAAUCAUGAAGUGCAUCGCAGCUGUAGUCAUGGUGGCUCUGGCCGUCGUCGCUGAGGCCGGUAUUGCUCCGGUGUCGGUGGUCUACUCCGCUCCCGAGACGACCGUCGUCCAGCAGAACGUGGCUCCGAAGUACGUCACCGCUUACGCUGCCCCGGCCGUUACCUACGCCAGCCACGCCAGUGUCGCUCCGGUCGCUGCCUAUGCUGCCCCAGUUGCCACCUAUGCUGCCCCGGUUGCUACCUAUGCUUCUCCCAUCUCGUACGCCGCCCAACGCACCGUUUUCCAGGCUGCCCCUGUUGCCUAUGCUGCCCCGACUGCCUACGCUUACGAUCAAGGAAACUACGUCCAGGCCGUCCAGGCUGUCCCGACCGUCUACGCUCAGGUCCAGAAGGAAGCUCGCUAUGUGGCCGCCAACCGUGGUGCUAUCCAUGAGGCUCCUCUGGCCGGACACGCCGUCAACCAGCAGUCGCUGAACGUUGAGCCAGCACCCGGAACUCUGUAAACCUAAUUUAUUGUCAUAAUAAAAGCCCUGUGACAUGGAUUGAAUGAUCCUGAACAAAUGUACAAAA